AUGGGAAAGAGAAAGUCCAAUGCUUCAGGAGCAGCUCAAGCAUUAGAAUCAUCGGUGCCUCCCAUUCUUGAAGUCAAUUUCGAGGACCCACUAUUUACAGCAGCAGCUCAUCCAACUAAACCUUUGCUCAUCACCGGUUUUGCCACGGGCCACCUCUACUGCACAUCUUAUGACGCCGAGAAUCUAGAACAAGUUUUGCAAGUGAGCAAGGAGAAAUCACUAGAGUUGCAGCAACGGGCAUACGAAUCAGGCAAAAUUCCGCAUGUCAACAAAUCAGUCUCGCAGUUGAAAACCAACUGGUGGACAACAUUCAAGAACAUUAAAGAGAUUCCCAGCGAGGAAUCCUAUGUCAAGACCAAUUGGAAGACUAAACGACACAAGGGGUCCUGCCGACAUGCGAUAUUUGACCCGCGUGCCGACUCAUUGGGAGAGUUUAUUUAUACUUGUGGCACAGACAACAUCAUCAAAAAGGCAGCGACGGAAACGGGCAAAGUUGUAUCGAAGGUCGAUGUAGCUUUGCACUAUUUCUCCGCCCUGGAUAGAUUGACCAAAUUGUGUCACUCUACAACUCACCCCUUUUUGUUAUCGGGAACCGAAGAUGGCCAUGUUCUAGUAUACGACUCGUCCAAUCUCGCUGCCAACAACAAACUCAAGUUCAAAGUUGAACAAGCGCAUAGUGAUUCAAUUAACCACAUCCUAAGCAUGUCCUCGUCACCAUACCAUUAUCUCACGUUAGGGGCAACGACUCUUUCGCACAUUGAUGUGCGCAAGGGGACCAUAGUCACCCAAUCAGAUGAUCAAGAAGACGAGUUGUUAUCAAUGUGCUACACCACCGAUGAAAUAAGCGAGGGCAGAACAGAUACGGUGCUCGUGGCCCAUGGAGAAGGACUAAUCACCCUUUGGAAAAAUUCGAAAAACAAGCUCAUGGAUCAAUUAUCGAGGAUCAAAGUUAACAAAAAUGCCUCGAUUGACGCCAUUGUGCCCACGAUGAACAAUGACGAUGAAACCAUGGCAAAUUCGGUAUGGUGUGGAGAUAGUGACGGGUUUUUGCAUCGCGUUGACUACAAGAGAGGUAAAGUUGUUGAAACGAGAGUGCAUUCGACUAGCCAUGGCAAACUGGAAGCGGUUGAUGAAGUGGGGAUAUUGGAUAUCGACUUUGAUUACCGGUUGAUCUCUGCUGGCAUGGACGCGUUGAAAAUAUGGUCAAAUCGGGGAUAUGAAGAGGCGGAUGCCGAGAGUGACAGUGAUGGUGAUAGUAACAGCAAUGAUAAUGAGAGUGACAGUAAUGGUGAUGAAAGUGAUAGUGAUGACCCAAGUGGAAAAAGUGACUUAGAUGGAGUGACGUCGGACGAGGAAGUCGACCUUGAGGAGGAUGAGGGUGAAGAUAAAGAUGAAGAAGAAGAUGACGACGACGACGAGAAACUUGAGGAACUUGAGGAACUUGAGGAAACCAAGUUAACGGCUACCCCAUUCAAGAGAAAAAGAAGGGACCUUUCAGAACUUAUAACAAAGCCCAAGAAGAAGCAAAUCGACAUCAACAAACUCACGAGAAAAGCCUCGGAAGAAGAAGAAGAAAAAGAAACCGAUCAGGAACCACCUUCGACAAAGAGGCAAAAAUUCAAGGAAAAAAAACUAACAGCGAAACAGUUGAAGAACAUGCAACGACACGAACAUGGAAUCCGAAAGUUCGAAGGUCUAUAG